AUGCAAUUAGGAAAACACAACUGGUCUGAUAACGCACCCAAAUUCCACAAUAACAAUAUCAGCUUGGAAACAAGUGAGCAAAUUUUGCCAGGUACAAGAUUUCAGGUAGGGACAGCAGAAGAUCCAGAUGUUGGCCUCAAUUCUGUCCAAAAUUACAUACUGAGUCCAAAUAACCAUUUUGCACUGGACAUUAGAGAAAGAAAAGAUGGGCUUAAAUAUGCAGAACUGGUGCUGCAGAAACCCCUUGAUCGGGAAAGCGAACAGAGCCUUCACUUGAUCCUUACAGCCCUGGAUGGGGGUGAACCAAGGAAAACUGGAACUGCCCAUAUAUGGAUUAAUGUCACUGAUGCCAAUGACAACCCGCCCAUUUUCACUCAAGAUACAUAUACAGUUAAUUUGAAAGAAAGUGUUCCAGUUGGAUCCCUUGUGCUUCAGGUGGAAGCCUCUGAUAAAGAUGAAGGGACAAAUGCCCAAAUCACAUAUCAUUUCAGCAACUUACCAGCAACUGCAAAGGACAAAUUCAGCCUGGAUUCUGCUAAAGGAACUGUCAUUCUUAGUGUCCUACUGGAUUUUGAGGAAAUAAAACAAUAUACAAUGACAGUUGUAGCAAAAAGAUGGGGCGGAUUAAUAGCACACUCCAAUAUUGAAAUAAGUGUUCUAGAUGAGAAUGAUAAUCCCCCAGAGACAACUCUAACCUCUCUGUUCAGUCCAGUUCCUGAAGAUUCACUUCCUGGAACACUGAUUGCUCUCCUCAGUGUAAAUGACAAGGAUGCUGGUGAUAAUGGAGAGACUACAUGUUAUUUGCAAAAUAAUUUGCCAUUUAAGUUGCUUCCAUCAUCUAAAAAUUACUACAAGCUCAUGACAGACAGACCUCUGGACAGAGAAAAAGCAUCUCAGUAUAAUAUUACAAUCACAGCCAUUGACAAGGGAACCCCUCCACUGAGCGCAAAUAAAACCAUCUUGCUGCAGAUCUCUGAUAUGAAUGACAAUGCUCCUGCUUUUGAAAAAGCUUCCUACAGCAUCUAUGUGCCAGAGAACAAUCUUUCUGGUGCUUCCAUCUUCCAGAUUCAAGCCUUUGAUCCGGAUGUGGAUCAAAACUCACACAUCACAUAUUCAAUCCUCACCAGCAACAUUGAAGAACUUCCCAUCUCCUCCUAUAUCUCCAUUCACUUUGAGACCGGCAUCAUCUAUGCCCAGCGAUCCUUUGACUAUGAGCAGUUCAGGGAAUUCCAGUUGCAGGUGAAGGCCCAAGAUGGCGGGAGUCCCCCUCUCAGCAGCAACGUCACAGUGAGGGUGUUUAUCCUGGAUCGGAAUGAUAACAGCCCCCAAAUCCUGUCCCCUUCACCAGACUCCAAGGACUCUGCCCUCUUUGAGAUGGUCCCUCAUUCAGCCGAGGCAGAUUAUCUGGUAACAAAGGUGGUGGCUGUGGAUGCUGAUUCUGGACACAACGCCUGGCUCUCCUACCAGCUGAUUCAAGCCACAGAACCAGCUCUCUUCAGUGUUGGCUCCCAUACGGGUGAGAUCAGGACAGCUAGAACCUUUUUGGAAAGAGAUGCUGUGAAACAGAGAUUGGUCCUUCUGGUGAAGGAUAAUGGACAACCGACUCUCUCGGCCUCUGUCACUUUGAACCUGGUAUUUGCUGAGAACUUUCAGGAGGCCCUUCCAGAGAUGAAAAAUCAGAUGAAGAGUUCAGAGGAUCAAUCAGAUUUGCAGUUCUAUUUGGUGGUGGCCUUAGCUGUGAUGUCAUUUUUAUUCCUCUUGUCAGUGAUUCUGGCCAUUGCCAUCAAACUCAGGCAAUCAGGGAAUUCUAGUUUCUUAUCAUGUUUUGCUCCCGUUUCCCAUUCCACAGCUGGGGUCAUAUUUCCACCCAAUUUUCAAGAUGGGACUCUGCCUUAUUCCUACCAGCUUUGCCUCUCCUCAGAAUCCAGAAAGAAUGAAUUUACCUUCCUGGCACCAAACAUUCAUAUUGCAGAGAAUGUGCUUUGUGGUGAAAAAACUGAAGCGCCUCUUUCAAGCAACAGAGAAAGCAGUUUGCAUCCUAAGGUAGAAAAUAAUGAAAAGGUAAUAUUCUUUUUUUAUUGCUCUUCCCAUAAUUAUGCUCCUUACGAAACAAACACAAUCCUAUACAAGCUAUUUUAUAAGAUUUAAUUGAACUCUAUGUAAUAUGACAAACUAUUUUAAAAUUAACGUAUACACUGAAACUCAAAAUCAUGUUAGAUUGUUGCUAUUAGAAAAUAAUAGGUGAUAGAAAAUAUGGAACAAACAUUAUGAUCAAUUAUCAUUGUAAAAAAGGAA